AGGAGGCGCGGCGGCGCGAGGAGAAGCGGCAGCGGCGCCUGGAGAGGAAGCGCAGGAAGGCCCAGCGCCGGCCCUACUACGCUGACUACUCGCCCACCCGCCGCUCCAUCCACUCGCUGUGCACCAGCCACUACCUCGACCUUUUCAUCACCUUCAUCAUCGGGGUCAACGUCAUCACCAUGUCCAUGGAGCACUACGACCAGCCCAAGUCGCUGGACGAGGCCCUCAAGUACUGCAACUACGUGUUCACCAUCGUCUUCGUCAUUGAGGCUGUGCUGAAGCUGGUGGCGUUUGGGUUGCGGAGAUUCUUCAAGGACAGGUGGAACCAGCUGGACCUGGCCAUCGUGCUGCUGUCCAUCAUGGGCAUCACACUGGAGGAGAUCGAGAUGAGUGCGGCACUGCCCAUCAACCCCACCCUCAUCCGCAUUAUGCGUGUGCUCCGCAUCGCCCGCGUGCUGAAGCUGCUCAAGAUGGCCACAGGCAUGCGGGCCCUGCUGGACACGGUGGUUCAAGCCCUGCCCCAGGUAGGGAACCUCGGCCUACUUUUCAUGCUCCUGUUUUUUAUCUAUGCUGCCCUGGGAGUGGAGCUGUUCGGGAGGCUUGGUGAGUUGGG